AUGGGAGUGCAGGGGCUAUGGCAGCUGCUACAGCCGGUGGGCCGGCCUGUCACGCUGGAGUCUCUGCAAGGAAAGCGCUUAGCGAUUGAUUCGUCGAUUUGGCUGUACCAUUUUCAAAUGGCAAUGCGAGAUCGUGACGGAAAGAUUCUGAACAAUGCCCACCUUCUCGGUUUUCUAUGGCGGAUUUUGAAAUUGCUCUUUUACGGCAUUCGUCCGGUGUUUGUGUUUGAUGGUGGGGCGCCUGUCCAGAAGCGGCGCACUCUCCUCCAGCGCAAGCAGAGAAAAACCAUGGCUACAGAUACCCUAGCACGCACUGCCGAGAAGCUCCUUGCCGCGCAGCUGCGUCAAGCAGCAUUGCAACACCACAACGAGACGUCACGGCCAUCUGAUUCUCUAGAGGAAGGCACAGUGUACUAUGACGAGGUGGGGCGUAGCAAUGCGCCACCUACCUCUGGCCGUAUGGCUCCACUUACGUCGAAAACCGUUCAGUCGGUCGUCAAAGCAGUGACCAAGGACCCGUAUCAGUUGCCGGCUAUGCCGAAAGAAGCAUUGCAACUCUCUGAGCGCAAGGACUUGCGGUUUGCUACUGAAUCGGAAUUACGUGCCCUUAUGAACUCCAUUGCGCCCGAAGACCUGGAUAUGAAUUCUGAGCUCUUUCGCAGCUUACCCCCCGAACUGCAGUAUGAACUGGUUGGCGAUUUGCGGGCCAAGUCGCGUGGUACAUCAUACAAGCGACUGCAAGAUAUGCUAGCGUCAGCACCUACGCCCAUCGACUUUUCGCGUGCCCAAGUGGCAGGCUUGAAAACACGCAACGAUCUUACACAAAAAGUCUUGACGGUGACCGAUGAAAUCGGGAGCGCAAACAUCCAAGUGCCUCUACGUGUCGCAGGUUCACGGAAUCGGGAGUACGUGCUUACGCACAUCGAAGGAGGCGAUGGCGGGUUUGCGUUGGGCGCGCCGGAGGCUGGCACGUCACGCGACAAGGCGAUUGUGGUCGACGACGAGGACUGUAAGCCAGACUUGCAGGACGAAGAGGACUGGGAUCCUUUGGAGAUGGAAGAGGUGGAGAUCCCCUCUGCUCCCCCCGCCUCCGAUCCUGAACUGGAUGCCUUGGUACAUUCAGACCUGGACCCUGUCCAGCGCAAAGAACGUGCAUUGGCAUUUUUGAGUGUCCGUGCUGAGCAGCAUCGACGUCAGAAACGCCAAGAAGCUGGUAUGGAUGCAUGGGAAGAACGUGUACUUGGACACGUCCCUGUCGUCCCACCAUCACGAGCCCUCUUCCGUGAGCCGGCAGAGGAGGAGGCAGAGGCAGAGGAAGCGGUCGCCCAUGCGCCACGCCGCUCUCCCACGCCACUGCCGCUUCUUUCGAGGCCCUCGGACUCGAUGGCAUUGUUGCCGCCUGCGCCUUCCAGCGGCCUAGCUUCACCAUCAAAAGACACUCUGCAUUUGACGCCGCCCAGGAAGAGAGCAACCAGCCCGCCAUCACAGGAAUGGGUCAGCACACCGACGAAAGACAUGCUUGGCACGUCCAAGGCUAUGAGCAGUCCACCUGAAACGAUCAGGAGCCUCUCGCCGGAGCCUACCUGCCCACCGAAACAGACUGAUCUUAGCAGCAUCGAUACCCCCGCCACACCUGACGCAGUGUCAGUGAGUUCGCCGACGACACCUUCACACGCUGGCCAAGCUCCCACAGUAGAUCAGCCUGCUAUACCCGCCACGCCUCGUGAGAAGGAUGCUUCAGUGUCGGCGUCACCAGCCUCCUCGCCAUGGGCAUGGUCGCCGUCGCCGGAGCCAGAACGAGUCGGCCCAGAUGGAUUCCCUCUUCCCUCGCUUCAAGAAACACAGGCCAUCGAGGCGGAGGAAGAACAGGAAUGGGCACAGUGGGAUCAGGACCAGUCGCAAUUUGCUUCGUUUCUAAGUACAGCUUCCGGUCGAAGUCUUCCUGAUAUGCAACGUGAAGUCGCAGCGGAAGUCGCAGCGCUGCGUCAGGAACAUGCACGACUUCGGUCCUCGGAAGAUGAAAUUACGUCGCAAAUGACCUCGGAAAUCCAAACGAUGUUGCGCAUGUUUGGUCUUCCAUACAUCACUGCGCCGAUGGAGGCGGAGGCACAAUGUGCUCAACUGGCCAUGCAGCAGCUCGUCGAUGGGAUAAUUACAGACGAUAGCGAUGUGUUCUUGUUUGGCGGGACGCCCGUGUAUCGCAACAUGUUCAAUAGCCGGCGAACCGUGGAAUGUUAUCGCCUGUCGGACAUGGAACGUGAGCUUGGCCUGGAUCGAGAUCGGCUCAUUCAGCUGGCAUUCUUGCUGGGCAGCGACUACACAGAGGGCCUAACUGGCGUGGGGCCUGUAUUGGCCAUGGAGAUCUUAUCGCUGUUCCCUCCAAAGCACGCACUUGAAGAUUUUCGCGCCUGGUGGAAAGAUGUGCAGGUCGGCGCUGAUUCCGAGCAGGCACAGUCGAGUGUCCGACGCCGUAUCAAGCGUGCUCUGCGGAACAAGGUCCAUCUCUCUGACUCUUGGCCCGACCCAAAAGAACGCGAUGCCUAUGUUCACCCGACCGUGGACGAGAGUGACGAGCCCUUUGUAUGGGGCCAAGCGGAUUUGGACGCUGUGCGCUCGUUCCUGGGCGAGUACUUGCACUGGUCGACGAGCAAGACAGACCAGUACGUCCUGCCAGUGAUUGAGCAGCAGCGCAAGACUACUAGGCUACAUCGUGUGCAGGCCACCCUUGACCAGGCUGGGUUUGUCGGUGGCCAUGUCCCAGAACCUAUGUCAGCACGACGCUUUGAGUCGACGCGCCUGCAGCAAGUCGUACAAAGUUUUCGUGAGCGGCAAAGAGCCGAGGAGGCAUCUGCCCUACCUGCAGCCUCGAGCGUACCUAUGCGCAAACGCAAGCCACGCCAGGAUGAGGAAGCGUACGUCCCUCGGCCUACCAGAUCGCGACGCGACGCUGGUCGUGUAUCCUCGUUGAAUCCCAGAUCGCUGGAAGACCUAUGA